AUGAGUCCCUAUAGAGACAUGAGCGUUGCCCCACAGCCUACCUCUUUAGAUUCUCUCGCUUCUUGGGAUACGAGUAGUGCCUCCACUGCCGAACCGGCGUCGACUUCAGCAACAAGUCACUCGUGGGAUGAGUCUCAUCUCGGUGAUCAUGCGGGUAUGCAUAACAUUGCCUCGGAGUUGGACUUUGCAUUGGUCUGGCCUGAUUCGGAAAACCUGUUUCAGAGCUUGAUGUCCUCGGAUACGACAGACCAAUGGCAGAUGCCGCUUGGUACCUUGCCAUUUCCGCCUGUCGUGCAAGAUAUCAAUGGCAUGAACUUCGUGUCUCCGAAUUCAUUCGAUGAUCGUAGGUCUUCUGUCGGGGCAAUACCGUCCGGUGGAGGACAUCAAGCAGUGCGAGAUGUCACAGAGAUGGUAACGAGCUCGUCAUCGAGUGUUACCGCUGCCGUCAAAGCGACAUCCAUCACCUCAGUAUUCCUCGACGAAUGUCUCCAUAUGUUCUUCGUCCGCUUCAUCCCCACAUUCCCAAUCUUGCAUCGUGCAACUUUUGUUUUCCGAGAAUGCACGCACCCUCUCCUUCUUAAUGCCAUCGCCAUUGGCUCUUUGUACCUGGGCCCCAAAGACUCUGUUGCAAAAGGCGAAGCCCUAUGGCACCUAGCGCAUACCGCACUAUCAACUUCAUGGCAGUCCCUAAUCACACAUAGUGGCCCCUAUGAUGCCUGCAAGGGUGUUCAGUUGAUGAUUACAGCCCUUCUGGGUCAGAUAUACGGAGCACUAUCCAAGAACCGGGCAAUUCGAACCACCAGUCAGGUCUUCCAUCCGCUGGGCUUCUUAUGGGCAAGACACUGCGGCAUGUAUGAAAGCGAGCAGUACUCAAUGGAUAAUCUGCCCUCGAUCGAUGCCCCUGCCGCAGAAAAAGAACACCAAUGGCGAAUCUGGGCUGCGCGGGAAAUCCAGCAACGCGUCCUGUUAGCCUACUAUGUCAUGGACGGGCUCGUGGCUCAAACAUCGAGCGAUGGUGCCUCUUCUCGCCAUGUUGCAAACCCACUCAGCCUCCCUAGCAGCGAGGAAGCCUUUGAUGCCAGUACCGCCGAUGAAUGGUUAACUCAUAUGUACCCCCAAAAGCCGGAUCAGUCCUCAUUUAGGAUGAUUUUCCGCUCCCUCUUCCCACCCGUUGGGAGCUUCCGCCCUCUAGAGUACCAGUUCUCCGCCUUCGCACUACGUGUGGUACUAGAAGGUCUCCGGUCUCUGGUAUCCGACUCUGAUGACAAUGAACUAGCUGUAGGAGUACCUAGUCAAUCAGACGUCCGACGAGCUCUAGCUCAAGUCCACGAGACAAUAUCCAUGAGUAUCCACUUCACCGCAGCAGAGAGACUAGAAAUCCUCCUACGGUGGCACACAGUCUGUCUAGAUACAAUGAUAGAUUCCACCGCCCUCUCCCGCCACGUCUGCUCGCGCUACAAUAUUUCCCAGCAUGUCUCUGGUGGAUGCGGAACCGUCCGCCCGGGCUUCGAUCUAGUCAAAUGGGCUAAUUCAGAAGACGCGCGGCGGGCCGUCCUCCACGCGGUUGCCAUCCAAGAAAUCAUAGAGCAAUUACCGCGUGGCCGUGCACACGUCGUGCACAUGCCUAGCUCACUAUUCGCAGCGGCGACAAUAUAUGUUGUCUUUUCACUUGCCGGAGUCGCUACUGUGAAUUUGCCUCGUAACAUCGUUUGGCAAGAUGCUUUGCUGUCCCAUUCGGAUCUCAACCUGGGCGAUGAGAAUAUCCGCCCUCCAGCUGGCUCAGAGACAAAGCGCUUUGUGGAGAAUGGGAAUGGAUCUUCCUCUCUUCCACUUCCAAUAGGUGGUGCUGUCAGGAAUUUACUUUAUGAGCUUAACUCCAUGCAAAAGCUUUUCCGGUGUUUAUCGUCACAGUGGGGUGUUGCGCAUGACAUGGAAGAUAUCGUUUCUCAAUGGAUUCAGCUCUGUCAUUAG